AUGGGAGAUAUUAAACUUGAUAACAAAGAGUUUUAUGAGAAGGUCAGCCGAAUUUCAAAGACAUUCAAAGAGUCAGACCUUGGUUUUGAUACGGUCUUUUGUGUCCUAGGGAAGAUGAAAGAUACCAUAAAGUACAGAGCAGCUUCAACUGUGUUCCUCUGGUUGCUAAGAUAUGAGUUUACAGAGACUAUAAUCGCAUUCCAGCCUGGCAAAGUUGUGUUCUUCACAUCCCAAAAGAAACUUGAGUACUUAAAGUCGUUAGAAAAGCCUGAAAAUGAAGAAUUCAAAGAUUUUGAAGUUGUCCUAGUCAAAAGAGACACCAAAGAAAAGGAUAAGAGCGGGAACUACAAAAAACUAUACAACACUUUGAAAUCUGGUCACUCCAAAAAGCCAAAAAUAUCCUUUUUAAAAGACAAAAUUGAAGGAUCCAUGGAAGGAGAGUUCAAAGAUUUCCUCUCAAAAUUUUACAAAACUACUGAUCCAGAUAAUGCAGAUGAGUUCUUUGAACAAGUUAUGAGGAAUAAGUCUGAUGAAGAGAAAGAGGAUAUCAAGAAGGCUAAUCAUUUCUGUACUACACUUUUCAAGAAUAUCAUCGAUAAGGUUGAGCAGGUGGUUGAUGAAGAAGCAAAGUGACCCCAUCACAAAAUAAUUGAAGAGGUUCAGGCUUUGAUAGAGAACAAUAACUUCAUGUUCCAGUUCAUCAAAGAGUGAGCGUCUCAUGAGAAGAAGAAUAUUGAUCGUGAUUUCUUAGAGAUUUCAAACCCGCUUUCAAUCCAAAGUGGUGAUAAUCUUGAUCUUAGUCUAACUGCAAGUGCAAACAAGAAGGAUCUGUCACCAGAUACAAUCAUCAUCACUGUAACCACAAAGUACAAAGAUUUGUUUGCUCUGAACUCUAGAACUUUGCUCAUAGAUCCAAAUGAGCAGCAAAAUAAAGCCUACGAGGCUCUCUUUGAGCUGUACCAAAGCAUCAUGCAAAACCUCAAAGUAGGGGCUGAGCUCAGACAAGUUUACAAGAUCAGUUAUGAUGCAUUUUCUGAAAAGAACAAAGAAUUAGCGAAAUUCUUACCCAAGACUUUCGGGUUCGGGAUUGGUUGUAAGCUCCAGGAGAAGAGCCUCACAAUCAGUCCUACUAAUAGCAUGAAAGUUGAGAUUGGGAAUACAUUCUGCAUCAGAGUCUCACUUGAAAAAUUCUGUGAGAAGAAAUCAAGAGAUUCUCUCUUAAUUUCAGAAACAGUAACUAUCAAUGAAGAAGGAAAAGCAAUUCCAAGCUUCAAGAUCAAAGCAAGCUACAAGGAAAUAUCUUAUUCCAUUAAUGAGCCUGACGAAGGAGAUGGAUCUGAAGAAGGUGAAGACAAUGGUGUCAUCCGACAAUCCAGACUUAGAGACAAGAAUGUCAAGAGUAGAGGAGUGGAUGAACGUAAAGAACAUCAAGACCAACUCUUCAUCAAGAAAUUGCAGGAACUAAAAACUCGAUUUGAAAAUAAUCAAAUUGAUCCUUCUUCCAACAAGGUUAAAGUUCAUAACCUAAAUGAAGUUUGUUCUUACAAGUCAGCCAGAGAAUUUCCAAAGGAAGUGUUCAAGAGUCAUAUCUUCGUCGAUGUAGCAAGGGACAGUAUUCUUCUUCCAGUUUCCAAAGAGCUGAUCGUACCUAUUCAUGUUAGCAUAGUGAAGAAUGUAUCGCUCACAACUGAGGGAAAUUGUGCAAGGCUCAGGAUUAAUUUCCACGUACCUUCAUCAGGGAACUCAAAUGUGAGCAGCCAUCUCGUAUUUCCUCCUCUCAAUGGAGUUAAUAAGAUCUAUUUGAAAGAGAUGACUUUCAAGAGUCAUGAUACCAGAAGUUUACCAGUGACUUUCAAAAUGAUCAAAGAUUUACAAAAGAAGUACAAAAUGAAAAAUCAGGCUGAGACCAACAAGAAAGGAUUAGUGAAGCAAGGCCCUCUUCUGAAAAUGCUUGGGAAUAAAUUUCAUCUUGACAAUCUCACAGUUAGGCCAAACAUCUCAGGAAAGAAGACUGUUGGCAAGCUUGAAGUUCAUAAGAAUGGCUUGCUUUUUAAGAGUACCAAGAACCAUGAGCUUGAGAUUCUUUAUAACAAUGUAAAGCAUGCCCUCCUCCAGCCCUGUGAUGAUGAGCUUAUUAUUCUGAUCCAUUUCAGAUUACUCAAUGAGAUUAUUGUUGGCAGUAAGAGAACCAAGGACAUUCAGUUCCUCAUGGAAGCUGGUGCUCAAUAUGAUGAUAUCGAUACCAGAAACAAAAGAAACACUACUGAAAUGGAUGAACUAGAGCAGGAACAGCGAGAAAUCGGUCUCAAGAAGAGACUGAAUCAGAAAUUCAUCAAUUUUGUAGGCCAUAUAGAAAAAGCAGCGAAGGAAGAUUCCAGCCCAUUGAAAUUUGACGUCCCUUACAGAGAAUUAGCUUUCUACGGAAACACCGGUAGAUCAAUCGUGAAGAUAAUGCCGACUGUAAACUGUUUUGUAAACCUGAUAGAGUUCCCCUUUUUCGUUAUCACCAUCGAUGAGAUAGAGCAUGUGCACUUCGAGCGUGUAAUGUUGUCACUUAGAAACUUUGACAUGAUAAUAAUCCUGAAAGAUUACCAGACAUGGUUCAAAAUCGGGAGCAUCCCCUCGAACCAGUUGGAUCCGAUAAAGUCGUGUAUAGACUAUUUUGACAUAAUGUUCAGUGAGGGCCCAGCCACUCUUAACUGGAACAACAUUCUAGACGAGAUCAGGAGCAACUUCGCCCGCUACCUAGAUGACGGAGCCUGGAGUUUCCUUAGAGAUGUUGAAGAAGAGCCUGACAGCGAAGAAGAAAAACUUGAGAAAGCUGAGGAUAGUGACUAUGAAAUGGGCUCAGAAGAAGCCAAUGAGACCGAUGAUGACUAUUCUGGCAGCGGACAAAGCUCAGACGUGCACACUCAGGAAGAAGAGGAGGAAGAAGAAGAUCCUUGCUCCUCCGAUGCAGAGAAAAAUCUGAAGGAUUUUAGAGACAAAGCUAAGAGUAGAAUGAGACAAGAGAUGAAGCAUAAGUAUGAGACUGCGAUGAAAAAUAAUAGAGAAAGAGCUAAAAGAAAAUAA